AUGGCAGACAAUCAAGUACCCAAUGAUGUUCCUGUAGUUUUGCCUGCAGAAGUUCCUGGCGUUAACGAAGCCGCAGCCAUUCGUGAUCAAGAUAAAGCAAACGUCAAUGUCCCAGAUGUUGUAGAAGCACCACAAGCUCACCGUCCCGCACAGCCUGGCGAGGUAUAGACCAAUUGCAAAACUUAGUGACUGCGCCUUAAACUGCAUGAAACCGAGGCUUAUUAUGCAAAAACAAAUCAUUCUGCUAUACUUUUAUAUGGCGAAAAAUUAAUUUCAGUGUUUGAGACACGUUUUUAUGGUAAUCUCUUCAUUUUUUUUUCAAUAUUUUUGUUUUGACUAUGUAAAUCUUUAUUAAACUUGUUCAUAGAUUUAGUCUUACUUCAAAUUUCAUUGUUUUUCGUGGCAUGCGAGGCAAAGUUUUGCUGUUUUUCGCCGUCCAAUAUUAAAGAAGCAGAGUAUACCAGAGGAAGAAUCAGGUAUUUUCCGUCUGUUUUAUUAAUACAUUUCAAAGAAUAAGUUGUAACAUUGAUUAAUUUUGUUUCAGUUGUAAUAUAAUAGCAAGUUUUCGAUUUCAACUUUAAAAAUAUGAAAGUAAAUGUCGGGCAAAAUUUGUAGAAAUUUUAUGUUAUUAUCCUUUGACAAAUUUUUUUUUCUCGCACGAAGUCUAAAAAAAUUUGGGUAGAAACAGUUAUAUUUUAGUUUGUUAAGUUAUACUGACUAUUUUAUUUGCAUCUUGAUCAGAUUUGAAAGUCUAGAUUGACCUUUUCCAUAUGUUUGUUCCAUCGCAUGCUAAAACAACAAUGAAAUAUCUCUCCAAAGCGGGUAAAAAACUAAAAAUAUAGUGGGAAAUCGAUGUUUAGAUAAAUUUAACAAAUAUUUAUAUAACUUAGCACGAAAUAUUAAGAAGAGAUCAAAGAGAUUCAAGAAAAAACACUUUAAAAACCCUAAAAUUCACUUUUCGCUAUAUAAAAAUAUAGAAAUUGUUUUGUUUUUGCAUAAGCCUCGUUCUCGUGCAGUAUGAAGGCGCAGCCACUAAGAUUUGCAAUUGGUCUAUGUAUUUGUUUAAUUACGUUUUGUUCUCUUUGGUUUGAUUUUUCCCUUGGUUGGGGCAGAGCGAUAUAUGCUGUUUUACCUCACUCGCCUCACGAGCGUUGAUCACAGGGAGCGUUAUAUAUAUAUAUAUAUAUCUUAUCAAGUAAACCAGUUGUGGGUUGUGGCCCAUCUAGGGGAAUGCUGUUUAUCGUUUGAAUAUGAGAUUCUUUCCAAGGGCUGGUAACACUAAACAAAUGCUCUUAAUGUGAUACAACGAUUCACAGGUUACCGAUACCAUUGAGUUAUGUGGUAUUGUCUAGUUCAUUUUGCAUAUAAGGUGCCCUUCUCUUUGCCUUUGGACAGUUAUAACUUUGAGGAAUUGGGCCAUUUCGCAAGGUCAGAUGUGGUUGGGGCCAGCCUUAAGCAGGAGACACGUUUUUCUCAAAUAACACAGUGGUCAGUUGCUACGUUGUUUUCCUCCUUGUUUUCCGUGGUGGUUAUGAAAUUUUCUGUGGAAAAGCUGUGGUUGGACACAGUUUGGAAGUGCAAAGAGAAGCCAAAUUAUGGCAUGCGAAGUCUCUACACUAUACUUGAAGAGAGAGCUGCUAAUAAGUUUGAGCUAACCGGUCCCCUCAUUGAUGGGUAUCUUUGUGAGCUAGGGAAGGGGAUGUUUUCAAAGCUUGGGCGGUUGAGAAACACUGGCCUUAUGCUAACAGUGAAGUUGUUCGUGCCAUUCACAAUAUUUCGGCAUUUGUGCAAUGUAAUGGUAGGCUAUGGUGGUGAUAUGAAAAGCAGCAGGCUGAGCUUCACUGUGACUAUUCAGUCGUCUGAGACCGCCACAAAAGUUUUUUCACCGGUGAGAUUUGGUAGGAGUAAUUUUCUCAAGAAGAGACAUUUCAAUAAAUUAGGCCAUUUUUGCCUUGCAUGCCAAUGA